CUUAAAUAUAUAUAUAUAAAGUAUACAUAAUUAUGUCAAUUGCACCUUUAUUUUCAAAGCUUAGUCAGGAAGACUUGCAUAAAUCAAACUUAAAGGAUUCCAUUAGCAAGUAUUAUUCAUUAUAAAUAUUUAGUAUAAUAUAACACUUUAUCUUUCUCAAUAGAUUUGGCUAGUUCUAAUCUUGGAACCACUAUUGUUAAAAUGAAUGAUCAGUUUUUUACUUCUGCUCCUAUGAUACUUAACCCUAAGCCAUCUAUUCAUGUUUCUGACAGACUUAUUGGUACAUAUAGUAAAUAUACCAUAACAUAUAUAUGUAUAUUAUAUAUAGAUAUAUAUAUAUUGGAUUAAAAGAUUCUAGCUCUUGGACGGACAAGUGUGAAAUAAAACAAUAUGAUGGCUCUCAUGGCUGGUGCAUUAUCAAGCUUGGGAUUCCAAGUAUUAUAUAUGGUUUUAAUAUUGAUACUGGAUAUUUCUUGGAAGAUUAUGCAUUUACUUUUUCUGUAGAAAGUAGCUAUUGUCCAAAUUAUACAGGACUAGAAAAAGAUAUUCAAUGGGUUGAAGUUCUUCCUAAAGUCCAACUUACUCCUAAUGAUUUUAAUAUCUUUACUUUAGAGAAACCGACUACCAUUUGUACUCAUCUUCGUUUGCAUAAUUAUUCUCGUGGACAAAUCUCUCGUUUCUAUAUUUAUGGUGAUGUUAGACCUGUUCUUCCAAAAAACAAAGACGAAAUUAUUGACUUGCUUUUUAUUGGUUAUGGCGGAAGAGUCGUCUAUGCUAAUAAUAGCUAUCUUGUCUCUGAUUCAUCUUCCUCUUUUUUCAAUGUAACCAGAAAACUAGCAGACAAGUAUAUAGAUAAUGACAGUGGAGAAAAAAUUCAUGCUUGUGUAGAGAGUUAUACAAAUUUUGUUGUCUUUCAUCUGGGCAUCAUAGGACAUAUCUUACAAGCUGAAAUCAACACAACUCAUUUUAAGGGAAAUCAUCCAAGAAAAAUAAAAAUAGAGGCUACUAAUACUACUAGUAUUGUUCCUGGAGGAGAUGUAAAAUGGAUGACAUUAAUUGAACCUUCAAUUAUUGGACCGAAUAAUGUCUUUUAUUUUAACACUAUUCAUACUGAGAAGAUUUUUACGCAUACUAAAAUUUCUAUUAGUCCUGAUGGAGAAAUAAAGCAUUUACGGCUUUAUGGCGUAAUUAAAGGAGGUAAAAUUCCUAAAUUACCUAUCGCUAUCAAGCGACAUAUUUUUGCUAAACCUCUAACAUCUGAAAACUAUGCUCCUUAUGGUGAUGUCAUUCAUACUGCUGCUGCAAAAUUUAUCACACGAGUUAAUCAAGGAACUGCAGAAAAAUAUCAUCAUGUAGGUCUGGUCACUAAUAAAUUUCCUAACGGUCAUGGUAAAAUGAAUUUUUGUAUUUUCCGUUGUCGACCUACAACUACAACUGAAUUACCUUUCAAUGUGAAGUUAUUGGAGAGACAUCCUUAUUCUAGUCAAGCUUUUAUUCCUAUGACGGAUGGCAGGAUACGUGGCUACCUUAUUAUUGUUGCUCUUAACGGGUCUGACGAUAGACCUGAUAUGUCUACUUUAAAGGCAUUUAUGGCUACUAGUAAGCAAGGUAUUAAUUAUCGUGAAGGUAUUUGGCAUCAUCCUAUGAUUGCUCUUGAGCAUGAAACAGAUUUUGUAGUUAUUGUGCAUGAAAGUGGUGUUCCUGAGGAUGAUUGCAAUGAAGUUAACGUUGCUCCUACAUUAGUUCAUGUUCCUGACUUUUAAUUGAUAUUAAAUACUAAUAAUAAAAGAAGUUAAACUACUA